AUGUGGGUCCUACUCCUAAUAGGGACCUUGUUCCUCCACCUGCACGCUUCACAGAUUCCAUGUGGAAAGGCGUCAUUCCCAUGUGAAGGUGUGGUGCUGCAACCACAACAACCAGUCAGAGUGUACGGUGUUUCCAACGUGAACCCAGGCGUGCAGAGGCCGAAACUGCCUGAGAGUAUGAUCAGAACGGUAGCACAAGAAGCUCAGACAGAAGUCGAAAGGAUUCUGGACGAGAGUUCGGCCAAACCUAUCAAUUCUAGUAGGUUUUUGAGGGUUUUAUUGUGGUAUAGUGUCGUUUUAAAUAAUUGUAGAUUAAUUUUUGAUCAAAAAAUGCAGUUUUUAGGUAAUAGUUUUGUUGUUUUACUAAAAAAAGAUCAAAAAAUUAUAAAAUAUAGCCAUGAAAUACUGUGAUUACUAAUAGGCAACGUACUUUACCACAAUUUCAGGAAGUUCAAUGUCAGCAGCCAUGUCUAGUUUUGUCAAAAUGCAUUCUGUAAAUCAUUUGACCAAAGCACAAAGUAUUCCAGCUUACAUUUCUGACAGUAUGACAAAGAAGUUUUUACGGUAAGCAUUAAAACUUGGAUAUUAUAUGUUAGAUAUAAACAUUCAUAAUUUAGGGCUUCUAUUAGGUUGUUCAAAUAGUUCUGUGCUUCUUAACCUCGACAUUUUGCCAUGAGAGUUGGUACAGAAUUAUUUGAACAAUUUUAUAGUGUGGCACUCUAAUUAUAUUGGCACUUAUUCUAGUUUCUUUAGUGUCAUACUAAAGAUGGUUGACUGUACCAUUUUCAGACUAGGCCUCCGCGAAUCCGACGUCUUCGAGGGUCUGGACGAAACCCUUCUUCAGUCAACCUACUUCGGCCGAACCUGUCAUCAAGUCAAGAACGAGACAUGUCCUCCAACCUUCUACCGCAGCUACAAUGGCAGAUGUAACAAUGUACAACACUCUGAAUGGGGUGUAGCUUCAGGACCAUAUCAACGAUUGAGUCCAGCUGCUUAUGCUGAUUCUACUUCAGCUCCACGCGACAGUAAAACUGGAAAAGGAUUGCCAAAUGAAAGAUUGGUAUCUUUGGAAGUAUUUAAAGAACCAAACCAACCACAUGAAGGGCUGACCCAUCUGGUACCUUAUUGGAUGUAUAUUAUGGCUAGUGAUAUGGGGGAAAGUGCUCCUAAUCAGCUGAUUUUGAAUGGUGAGCUAGUUUUAUGGUUUUUUGAUAAAAUUGUAUGAUUUUAGGCCUAUUUGGCUUCAUUUUUAGCUUUAGGCCUAACUUUUAACCUUUAUUCAUUUUGAAUGCCAUAAUUUUUCUAAUUUUUACAUUUUUUUUUCACUUACUAUGCUUUCUCGAUAUCUAUCUUCUUUUUCGUUUUUUGUUCGAAAUUCUUGCGCAACCACGACGUGAAGAUUGCGUAACCGAGUUUAGGAACUAAAACAAGCUUCUACUACUUAUCCUUUACGAGGGAUGUCGGUUGCAAAACAAGUCACGACACAACAACGUGUACGACGUGACGAGUCAAUAUGACAUACAUUAAUAUAAAUCAAUGUUACAGAGUUACAUUUUCCAGUAUGAGUUUCGCUAUAAAACUGUACGAAACGAUACUGUAAUUCAGAAAUUGUGUUGGCCAUAAGGGUACUAACUAGUACAGUUCAUGAUUUUUAUAUCACGGCACUAACCAGUACAGUUAAUAUCAACAGUUUUAUCCUGUUUAACCAAAAAUACCGUUUCAGGUGAAUCCAACCCGCUCCCCUGCUGUUCCCCAGACAUCAAGCACCCCGACUGUGUAUCUAUCCCAAUCUUCCAAAAUGACCCCAUUUACAAUGCCUCAGGCGUCAACUGCAUGCCAUUGGCUAGAACCCUCCCAGCUCAGCCAAAUGAAUGUAAAUUGGGCCACAGAGAACAGUCAAACCAGGCCAGUUCUUACCUUGACCUGAGCUUCCUGUACGGAAACUCAAAGGAAGAAGCGGCCAAACUUCGUGCUUCUGGAGGUCGCCUACUGUCUUCAGGACCUAUUGACCUUCCUCCACCUGACAAAUCGUUUGCUACCUUCUGUAGAUCACAUUUGAACAACAAUUGCUUCUUGAGUGGAUCAAGGGAUGUGAACUUGUUGCCCGGGAUUACAGGUCUACAUGCUAUUUGGCAUAGACAACAUAACUUUAUCGCCAAUAACUUGAGAGUGAGUUGUUUGGAUUUUUUGUAUUCAACAUGAAGAUAUAUAGACAUGUAUAGGUACUAAAAGUUAAAAGUUUCAAAACUUUUCAAACAUUUUAAUUUACUUGUUAAGAUGUAUAUUAUAGUAGGUUAUUACCUGCAUUUAUAGCCAUCUAAACUCAAAAUAAAGAAAAAUGACCUUAAUUUUUUAAUCAAAAACUUACUAUCAUGUUCCAGAGAAUCAACCCAAGAUGGAACGACGACCGUGUCUUCGAAGAAACUCGUAAGAUCACCAUCGCUCAAUUCCAACACAUUACCUACACCGAGUUUCUACCAUUGGUACUCGGUCAAGAAGCCAUGAAUCAUUAUCAGCUGUCGCCAAUGCCAAACGGGUUCGCCAGUGAUUAUGACAUGUCACUGAACGGUGCUACUCUCAACGAAUUCGCCGUGCUUGCGACCAACCUGGCUUUGGUUUGGUUGAACAAACACAAGGUGGAGUUGAUGGCCAGCUUCAACAAUCCUGACGUUUUCUACCAGAGGAAUGGGUUUGAGAGAGUUGUUUAGUAAGUUAUCUUUGUUUGACUUUUACUUUUGUUGCUUAUUUCGUAUAUAUUUUGUUAAAUGUACUUAAUAUACGAAAACAGAGACAAGAAGAUGUAGCUUUAUGCCAAAACUUUAUUUCAGUGAACUCAUCACAGCCAAUAUGGAGCAUACUGGUCCAAAGAUGAGUGAAGCUUUCAGGGGACGAUUCUUGAGUGUAUCACCAAGCCAGCCUGGACUAGAUUUAGUGGCCAUGGCCUUGAAACAAAGCAGAGAGCAUGGAGUACCCGGCUAUGCUACCAUCAGAAGGCAAUGUGGUUUUGGAAGGGUAAGAGCUCGAAUUUUAAGCUGUGACUUCUCUAUGAAGACUGGCCGUAUUUACAUAAAAAAUAAGUCUGGACUGUUUUUAUAUUUAUGAUAAUUGAGUAAGAACGAGGUGAUAAGACUAAAAUAUUACCUAAAAUUUUAAAAUUUGAGAAAUUUUUAAAAUUGGAUAAUAGUUUUUAAUGAAAUAAAUAAAACGUUUUAAUUUAAAGAUCUACACUUUCAAUGACUUAAGAAACGACAUCUUGAGCUUCGAGUUACUGCAACGUAUGAGUGAUGUUUAUGACUCGGUAGAUGAUAUUGAUCUACUGGUUGGAGUUUUGGCCGAAAAACCAAAAAAAGGAGCUUUAGUUGGUCCUACACUAACUUGUAUAUUGGGUACACAAUUUUAUAAGGUAAGUUUUAAUUUUGAACGUUUUGAGCAGUAUUUUGUAAGGUAGUUUUGUCCCACCGCGAAAACAAUAAAGAUUUUGAGGAAAUUUGAUUUUUCUUAUGUGAAAUCGAAAGUUUUGACGUUUUUCAAACAUUGUCGUUCUAUAAAUCGCAAUUAAAGUAUAAAUUUAUGUUAUCCAUGACAUUAUGUUAUUGUAGACCAAGAAAGGCGACCGUUUUUGGUACGAAAACUUCUUUUCAACCUCGUCCUUCAACGAUGAUCAACUUAUUCAAAUCAGAGAGACCACUUUGGCCAGUGUUUUGUGUGCCGUUGGUGGCCAACAACAACUUCAGCCUUCCGUGUUCAUGAAAUCUGAUCAAUAUGAGAAUGCUUUUGUGAAAUGUGACUCCAAAACGAUCAACAAGUUGGAUUUCAUGGCUUGGAAGGACGACGACAGUACCAUUGAGCUGCCAGUUACCAAAGAAACCUUGAUGAAGGUGAUUGAAUUGGCCAAGUUUAAUAUUCAGGAGAGGGACAGGAGAGAGACGCUCAAUGUACAGAGAAGUAAGAGAUCAUAACUUUGCUUUAUUGUGUUGAAAUUGGUUUAACGGAUAUUGUUGGACUAAUUCAAUCGAUAUUACACUAAGUUUUACCCAUUUUAUUGACAAAAUUUAUUUUUUAACUAGCUUUUUCCAGAUCAGCGACCAUUCCAAAAAGGAGAUCCACUGUUUGCCUAUUCUAAUAUGAUGCGACCAAAAACAGAAACCAAGAUCUUCAGCAAGGUAGCAGAUGUCCUUCUGGAAUCUACCAAAAUCCUAACAGAAGGUCGGACUUUACCUGAUGGUGAAGUGUUACCUAAACUAUCGAAUGAUGUGCUUGUCAAGCUGCUACCUGAUGUUGGUAUUGAAAGUUUGUUCAACAAUUUCACUGCUUUUUUGAGUGAAAAUGGCAGAGCGACGUUGGAGGAAUGUCUACCACGACAAUUACCAUGUGAUCAUACUAGUAGGUACCGAACCUACUCUGGAUGGUGCAACAAUUUGAAGCAUCCUGAGUUUGCUAAUGCUUUUACACCGCUUCAACAUCUUUUGAAGGUAUGUUUAUUAAUAAUAUAAAAGCUAUUAGGUUGUUCAAAUAAUUCUGUGUUCUCUUUCAAAGCAAAUUUUCAGGAUUAGGGGCACAGAAUUAUAUGAACAACCUAAUACUUCAUACAAAGUAUAGUAAUGCCAAUUCAAAUACUAUUAUCUACUCUUUAAACUAAAAUUAAUUAAAAAUCUUGUAGCCAUCCUACGAAGACGGAUUCGACGCUCCACGAUCCCGUGCCAAGUCAGGAAAGGCUCUGCCAUCUCCUCGUGUCAUCUCGAAUACCGUUCACGCUGAUGUUAACGUUAGUCACACCCGUUUCACACACAUGGUAAUGCAGUUUGGUCAAUUUGUGGAUCACGAACUCACCCAUUCACCUGUAGCUCGUGCUGCCAACGAUGAGAUCCUGAACUGUACCAGAUGUGACUCAGCUACAACAAUAUCGAAACAUUGUAUGCCUUUGAGAGUUGAGCCUGGAGAUCCUCACUUCCCCACGGUGAUGGAGAAUGGUGAACCACGAUGUUUACCGUUCGCACGAUCACUUCUUGGUCAAGUUAAUCUGGGUUACAGAGCUCAGAUCAAUCAAGUUAGUUAUUAUUUACCAAUCGCCUCUUAUAAGACUGAUAUUGUAGUACUUAACGACCUAUACCUUCUUUAUUUUAGCUCACCGCCUUCAUUGACGGUUCAGCCAUCUACGGCUCCACGACCUGUGAAUCCAACAACCUUCGUCUCUUUUCCGGAGGUCUUAUGAACUUCACCAACCUCGGAGUGGGCAAUCACAUGGCUCUACCUCAAGGAGAGCAAGAGAAAGACUGUAGAUCGUCGCCUCGAGAACAAUGUUUUGUCGCCGGAGACGAAAGGAACAGCCAUCAACCUGGCCUCACCAUGAUGCACACCUUCUUCUUGAGAGAACACAACAGGAUCGCCAAACAGUUAUCCAAGAUCAAUCCUCAUUGGAACGAUGAGAGGAUCUUCCAGGAGACUCGUCGUAUUCACGUCGCUCAACUUCAGCACAUCGUGUUCAGCGAGUUUCUGCCAAAAAUCAUUGGAAACGAACUGUUGAGCGAAUACGAUCUCGUACCUUUGAAGAAUGGAUAUUACAUUGGGUAUGAUGACACAUGCAACGCCGCAAUCUCACAGCCAUUCGCUACAGCUGCCUACAGAUUCGGUCACACUCUGGUGAGGAAACUGUUCCCCAGAAUGGACCCUAACUACAAAGAAAUGGCAGAACCGGUUGACUUGUCACAACAUUUCGGUCACGUUGGCCCAAUCUACAACCAGUCGGCUGGAGGCAUGGAUUCUAUGUUGAUGGGACUUCUGGGUACUCCAGCUAUGGCCUUUGACAGACAUAUCACAUCCGCGUUAAGGAAUCAUCUGUUCGCGAGACGUGGAUUGGACAAAUCAGGGAUGGAUCUGAUCGCGAUCAACAUGUUGAGAGCCAGAGAUCACGGUGUGCAACCCUACAACGAGUACCGUCAACUUUGCGGCUUCAAGAAGGCCAAAUCCUUCGAAGAUCUUUUGGAUCUGAUGGAUUCUAGUGCCGUGAACGCGUUGAAGGCGGUGUACGAGGAUGUUGAUGACAUUGAUCUUUUCCCUGGAUUGACGAGUGAACGACCAAAGUUUGGAGCUCUUCUCGGACCUACGAUGAGCUGUAUCCUGGCGGAGCAAUUCAGAAGACUGAAGAAGUGCGACCGAUUCUACUAUGAAAACGAUAAUCAAGCUGCCAGGUUCAUUCCACCUCAGCUGCAGGAGAUCCGGAAGGUGAAGUUGGCCACGAUCUUCUGCCAGAACAGCGAGUAUCUCAAGUUCUUACAACCAAAUGUGUUUGAUCUGCCUGAUAACAUGAUGUGAGUUGGCUAUGUUAUUCUAAAAUGGCAUGGCUAGGCUUAAGAUGUAAUAUAUACAUCAUACCAACUGACAUAUUUUCAAAAUUUUAUAAUUUAUGGUAUAAUUAUUGUAAGGUAACUCUGUGAUAAUGUACUAAAACUCAAUGUUCGUACAUAAUAGUAACUUUUCAGGAACGCUCAUUUGAGUUGUAACGAAUUCGAAACGAUUGAUCUGAGCUUGUGGAAGGAAACACGUAAGUAGCGUCAUUGUAUAUUAUAUGAUGUAUAUUAAUACAUCUGUAUCGUAUAUUUUGUGUAAGAAUAACAAUGGAGAGUACUGUAAUUUUAGCUGAAUGUGAAAUCAAUGGACUGAAGAUUCAAUUGGGAGAGUCGAGAAGAAUCACGCCUUGUAUGAGCUGUAUCUGCACUUCGGAAGGAGUACGUUUACUUUCUUAUGGCAUUGUUAAAGUUACAUUAAUUUUAUGGGCUUUUUGCUACAGUAAUUAUAUUUGCACGGACUUUUUAUCAAAUUAUGUUCUACAUAUUGAUAAAAAGAUUAUUCAAAGUUAUUAAUCCUUAAUUUCAGACUGAAUGUGCUCCAGUUAGAGUUAAAAACUGCGACAAACUCUUCCAACAGUACGAUGUUAACGACAUCAAGAAGGUGCGUUUCUUAUCAUAUUUACUAGCUUUGAAUUUCAAGAUGGCUGAUAACUUAUAUUAACUAGUAACUUACGCAACUUAUUAACUUUGAACUUUAGGACGCAUCAUGUAUAACACAAUGUGCAGAACUAUUGAGUUCGGUGGAUUCCAAAGCCUCGUGA